AUGUCGGGGUGCGCGUGGGGCGCGGCGCCGCCGCUGCUGGAGGCGCUGGGCCGGCUGUGGGAGGUGCAGGCGCCGCUGGGCAGCGGCUCCUCGGCCUCGGUGUACCGGGUGCGCUGCUGCGGGGAUCCCCGGGCCCCCCCCGGCGCCGUCAAGGAGUUCGUGCCGCCCCCGGGGCCGCGGCCCGGGCCCGCUCGCCGCCCCGGCGCCCGCCCGCCCGCCGCCGACUGCGCCGAGUACGGGUUCCGCAAGGAGCGCGCCGCGCUCGAGCAGCUCCGCGGGCACCGCAACAUCGUGACACUCUACGGCGUGUUCACCAACCACUACUCUGCCAACGGCCCGUCCCGCUGUCUGCUCCUGGAGCUGCUGGACAUCAGCGUGUCCGAGCUGCUGCUGCACUCCAGCAACCAGGGCUGCUCCAUGUGGAUGAUCCAGCACUGUGCCCGAGAUGUCCUGGAAGCCCUGGCUUUCCUGCACCACAAAGGCUAUGUGCACGCAGACCUCAAGCCACGCAACAUCCUGUGGAGUGCAGAGGAGGAGUGCUUUAAGCUCAUUGACUUUGGACUUAGCUUCAAAGAGGGGAAUCAGGAUGUGAAAUACAUUCAAACAGACGGGUAUCGGGCUCCAGAGGCAGAGCUGCAGAACUGCCUGGCACAGGCAGGGCUCCAGAGUGAGACAGAGUGUACCUCUGCUGUGGAUCUGUGGAGCCUGGGAAUCGUUUUACUGGAAAUGUUCUCAGGAAUGAAACUGAAACAUACAGUCCAAUCUCAGGAAUGGAAGACAAACAGUUCUGCCAUCAUUGAUCGCAUAUUUGCCAGUGAGGGGGUGGUUAAUUCAGCCAUUCCAGCUUAUCACCUCAGAGACCUUAUCAAAAGCAUGCUUCAUUGUGACCAAGGAAAACGAGCCUCUGCUGAGAAGGCUUUAUGCAGCCCAUUCUUCAGCAUUCCCUUUGCUCCCCAUAUCGAAGACUUGGUGAUGCUCCCCACACCUGUGCUGAGGCUGCUAAAUGUUCUAAGUGAUGCUUCUCUGCAGUGUGAAGAAGAAUAUGAAGAUAUCCUGGAGGACAUAAGGGAGGAGUGUCAGAAAUACGGACCAGUGGUUUCCUUGCUUAUUCCAAAGGAGAAUCCUGGUAAAGGCCAAGUCUUUGUUGAAUAUGCAAAUGCUGGUGAUUCCAAAGCUGCCCAAAAAAUGCUGACUGGAAAGAUUUUUGAUGGCAAGUUUGUUGUGGCUACGUUUUACCCACUGAGUGCCUAUAAGAGAGGAUAUCUGUACCAAAACUUGCUGUAGGCAGUAGCAACAAUCAGGAGAGUUGUCUUGCUCCUCUUCCUCACGUGUUUUACAGUUGAAUGUGUAGAAGAGCUUCCUAGCCCUGCUUCUGAGUCAUCUGUGAAGGAGAGGUGCAAAGGACUUGAAUGGGCUUUGAAACUUUACUGCUGCUUUGUGAUGUGCUGAGGAGGCCGGGCCGCUUUCGGCUGCUUGUGUGUGUGCUGUGCUUGCUCAUUUACAGGGGUGUGGCUCUGCCCGGGGGCAGGAGGGGGACAGGGGCUGAUCCUGGCCACGGCUUCUCAGUGAUUGGAAGUGAGACCCAAGUCUUGGCCUUAGCGCUGGCCUUGGCUCCGGGGAGAGCAUUUCUUUGUUAAGCUCUCCUGUAACCAAAUCCUCUUCUCUGGUGUUGGAGGAGGAGGAGGAAGGCUUGCCUGCUUUUUGUUGAUACUGUUAGAAAUAAAGCAGCAGAAACACCAUCCUCUCUAAACCAGAGACUUUUGAGUCUUCUGGCAUAGAGCAGAGAGAGGCACUGAAAUUGGAUCUGCUGAGCCUCUGGGGUUGCCCUGUCCUCGUGACUGAGCAGAGCCAUGCUGGGCUGGGCAGUGACGUGUGGGUGAUGCCUGUGGGGAGCUGAGCUUGCUUGUAUGCCUGGGGUGGGCUGGGACUGAUGGUGGAGACCUGGUCAGAGCAGUGCCAGCCCCAGUCCCAACACAACCUGUAAGCACUUUGUAGCCUGAGUAGAUGUGAAAACCCCGCCGUGUGGAUUCAUCUUUGUAGCACAGACCCUGUGCUGGCACUGAUGCUCCCUAGCUCUGAUGCCAAAUCAUCUGUGAUAUGUAAGCUCUUUUGGUGAUAUUUUUGGAAAGGAGUGCUACAGCACACAGUAUUCUUUGUGUCACAGCAGGACUCCUGCCUUGGGAGUCUUAUAAGAACAAAUAUUUGUCCGUUGUAGGUCCCACGCUUGGCUUUUCUGUGUUGUGCAUUUUGGUUUUGCAUUAACCCAUUAAGACGUGUAGAUUAGAAGCACUGACACUUUUGGUCCUUCCAAGGUUACAAAAAGGGCUUGAGGCAAUCUGAGAUCCUGUAUGGAAAGGGCUUAAGCAGUCACUAGACUGGACUGGCCAGGAGAAGGUCUUUCACAGUGCCAGGGACAGCAGCCACAUGCCUUUGGGGAAGACACUGUGGUGAGCAGCAUCACUCCCCCAGAGCACACUCUGCUCAGUCAGCUGCUGCCACGGGGCAGGCAGAGGCUGUUUGCCACGGAUUCCCAAACCCAUGCACCCAGCAGAGCCUCUCCUUCAGGGUGGGCAGUCUGCUCCUGAUGGGCACAGUGUGAAACAGCCCUGUUUGAGAGUCACCAGUGUAUUCUGGCUUGUGGUCUUGGUCCCAGUUUUAGUGAGGAGGAAAGCCCUCCUGAAUUCUUUUCUUCAGACAAAAUACUUGCAACAGCUGCCUGAACCAUCCCUGACCUUCCCUGGAAUAAUACCUGAAUUACCUUGCAGUUUACUGUUUGCAUCUUGCUGAUGCUGGACUUGAUGGAAUCCUACACUUAAAAAGUUCCUCUUGAUUUUUGCCCUGUGCGUGGUGUGUCAGGAGAUGCAAUGUCUGUAGCAUUUCAUGAGUCUGAGUUGCUCUCUGUGCUGGUGUAUAGUGCUGUCUACUGUGGCCCUUACCAAACUCCCUCAGAAAGGACCAAUCUCUGAAUUCUUCUGUUGCCUUUGGGAUAGUGGGCUUGCCAGGGAAAAGAAAAAAAAAAUAAAAUCCCACAAUGAGUUUUAAGGUGUGAUUUGCUGAUCAGAUUUUUCUGGGAAUGAUGCUGCUUUGGUGUACAUAGCUGUUCAGCUGCCUUUGCGUAGGUGGGGUGUGUGAUUCAUUGCUUUUAAUUUAAUUGUCCUUUGAGUGAAGCACCUUUUUAGUGUCUGGGAGGAAUUGAGUGGUAACUGGGUGAGGGUUUUUCCUGUGUGGAGAGCAGUGUUUAAAGUCUGGCUGGGUCUUGGCUGCCCUCCUCAGCUCUGCAGUGCUGCUGUCCCUGCGGGUUGAGCCGGGGCUCAGAGCGCUUUGGUGCAGACAUGCAGGUGUUGAAUGCCACCCUGGCAGCAGCACUGAGCUCCUGCCCUGCUGAGUGCCAGCCCAGUGGGGCCCCAGGGAGCUCCCCUGGGUGCAGGGUGUGAGCUCUGUCAGGGACAGCAGCACUGGGACUGGGAGAUGCUGGGAGGCGGGUAUGGAACUUGAAUGUGUUCAGAGUUCUCACAGCAUUUGUCUAGGACUGUGAGCGGCUCUGUCAUCUUUCAAGCAUGACUUUUUCAGUCAGAAUUCUUUUAAUUAGAGAUAGAGCUGGGCCAGGCUUCAUCUUCAGAGAGGAGCUACAGCCUAUUCCUGCAGCAUGGCAGCUCUUCCACCAGAGUUUGGCUGGGGUUUUGUACAGCUUCUUUAACAGGAGCUAAAUAAAUCCUCCUGAUGCAAACUCCUGCUACCAGACAUUUUUCUCCAGAUGUUCAUUGACCAGGCUUGAGCACUGAGCUGGGUAAAAAAGCCCAAAGCUGCUUUUCUUUAUAUUCCUCCUGGCAAGAGCUGAAGAUGUUGAUCUCUGUCCUGUCACUGGAUCCACCCUUCUGCAGGCUGUGGGGUACGGGGAGGUUUAGAAGCAUUUAGAAGCAUUGUUAACUCCUCAUGCUCUGCCUUCAAAGACUUUGUCUAUCAAGAUGAAGCUCACUCUGGUGUCUCAGUGACUGUUGGUGUCUUGGCACAAGUUUUAGCCCUGCUAAAACCUUUGAGUUCCUUAACUCUAGAUUGUAUGUGAAGUGUGCAUGGUGAUCAGUCCAAGGCGCCUGUUGUGGUGCGUCUGGGGUGGGCCUGGCUUUCCUCAUCUCCAGAUUACUGCUUGUUUGAGGUGCCCAAGUGUUGAGGCUUUCCCCUCAGAUGCUCUCUGGGGUUCCAGGUGUGUGCUGCUGCCCCCAAUAACCCUCGGUGUAGCACCGACCUACAUAGUCCUACCCUAGUUGUAGGGUACCUGGUGUUUAAAUCACUGGCCAAAGCACAAUUCAGCUCCGAUCUUAGCUGUAUUCCUAAUUUUAUUCUCACUGGUCUUCAGCCUCGUAACAAGGUAGCCUGAGCUCGGUGUUGUAGCCAGGUUCUUUCCAGAGGGUUCAGUACACUUCCUGCUGCUGUGCCGGAUCCUGUAACCACGUGCCUCCCUUCGGGUUAGAUGUCAAUUGUUGUAUCCAUCACGCACCAUUGCUGAGCAGAUGUGUGCUUGGUACAGGUGAUUAAUAAACCAUGCUUCAGUACGA